UAGUCGACAGUAUUUUUCUGUAUUAAUGCGUCGUAAUUGUGAUACGGAUACAUAUUAUCGAAGGUAGCAGCAGUAAGGGCUGUGGUUGGGUAUGAGAAACAUUUUAGGAUGGUUGUACGGAUGUAAGGAUGUAAGGCCUUGGAAUUCACAUUAUUUACGAGAAAUAGAUGACGAAAGUCCUUUCUUGCGUCGUACGGGAUGAGGAAUGCAAAUGCAAUAAAAAAUUGUUUAUUUUAUUCAUUAUAGAUAUUGAAGUUUUCCCGUUAUAUUUAUAGAAAGUUUACUGCUAUUAGGCUGUCAUUGCAUCCAAGCGUUUAGUAUUUAAACAUAAAAAUUUCACAUUUAUGAAAAGUUAUAUAAGAGUAUAUACUUAAUGUACAAUAUAUGCAAUGUAGUAGUUAUUGUUGGUGCUCAUACUCGACACAUGUAAAAUAUAAUAAAAAUAACCAACAAAAACACUUUACAGUAUUGGUGGUGAUGACGAUGACGAAAGUGACGAUGAUGAUGAUGAUGAUGAUGAUGAUGAAGUUUGUAAUAUUAAAAGUAAUAUUUCAACAAAUUGUUGAUGAUACUGGCAGUACAUACAGAUGCCCUAAUUGGAGGUUAACGUCCGCACCUGACGCGAAGCCUUACAUCCCAGGGGGAAAGACAAUCCCCAUUCAAGCGAGUUCUGCUACCCUGAGGUACCGCAACAGAAAAUGGGUGUGGGCUAAUUUCUCGUUCAGUGGUUCACGUCGACACCUAUCUAAGCAUCUCUUAGAUAGCUCCCUGCGAAACUUUGGGCUAACCACACCCUUUCACCUUGUGCUUUGUCGUGGAAUCAUAGAAUUCACACUAAGCUCUGCAGCUUUCGGUGCGCUCAAAAUGUACGCGGCCGCAGUCGCUCUUGCCUUUGGACUAUCCAUACCUCUCGGUAGGUCAAUCCAAUUACUAUCCUCUCUCAAGAAAAUAAUACUUCCAAGUUUAUCAUCACACAGGAGACACCCAGCUGUGUCGCAGCCCACUUUAAUAACGCUGAUGAUCGUUCAAUUUGGUGAACCCCAUUAAAGAGAACUAAAUGGGAGAAGAAAACGCUCCUUUUCAUUAGAGGAGAGAGCCCCCUUUCCGAUUAGAUCUCUUAGGCUUCCGAGAGAUAAACUAGUCACAUCGGUUAUAGAUAGCAAGCCUUAAAUCCUUCGUUGCCAUUGACUGAGCGACUCUCAACAGCGAAAGCCUUAAAGCAACGGUCAAUGUUUAUAGGGAGCUCCACGAAAUGGUGAAGGUUUCGGCACAUCUAUGUUCAUCCAAGGGAUCGCGUUGUUUCGCUCCCUCAGACAUACAACGAUUUAGUUGAAUUCCUUACUUCUAAGCUAUCAUCUGGCCUAUCCUUUAGUUACAGCAGAUAUAAUACGAAAUUGCUUUGCUGUUCGCCUAUAUAUAUCAAUCAAGCAUAAAGUGAUAGUUGAAAAUUAUGUCAU